GUGAGGAGCACCCGCACUGGAGGGGGGGGUUCAGGCCCAAGCUCCGGCUGCCGGACGUGGUGCGGGGGGCGCGGUACCUGUUUGGGCUCGGUGACCACGGGCGGCGGCGGGGGCACCGCCUGCACCGGUCCGGCCGGCAUAACUGCGACGCUUAGGGCCGCCAGUCCGCCUCCGUAUCGAUGAACAGUGCUGCGCCAAGACGAACUCCCCUCACGGACCAGACAACGAGCUACCAAGAUGGCGGCAGUCGAGCGGGUCGUAUCGAAGGAGACCUUGCACUGGAGACAAGAAGCCGGCACCUGGAUGAGCUUCUGGCCCUGAGCCUCAGAACCCACAGGCCAGCCCAAGGGCUGGACACACUCAGACACUCCAGUUCCAGCCCUGCAGCAGGCACCUGUACAGAGGGCACCAUCGUUGACGUGUUCUCCCGUGCUGGCCCCGUGUGUGCCCCCUCCUGGAAGUUCCCCGACCGCGUGGCUUGCGACCUGGACAUGGUGUCCCUGCUGGAGCACUACGACUACAUGCCGGGCGACCCCGAGUUCACGCAGCUGUCCCACGCUGUGCUGCUGGAGCUGGUGAUCGACAGGCUCCUGCUGCUGCUUCAGAGCUGUGCAAGCUACCUGGAGAACCUCAGCUCGGAGCAGAUGAUGCCCCUGGCCCAGGCCGUGGGGCCCUGUAUGUCCGUGGGGCUCACAGUGCGCUGCUUCUGGAACAGCCUGCUGAAGCUGGGCACACUUUACCAGCAAGCAGCCCCCCAGAAAAGGGUGAACCAAGGGGAAACCCUUACCUCCAAGCCCACAGCCAAGGGCGAGCCAGUCAGGAGCCCUGAAUUUGUACCUGCCAAGUUCAUCAAGCCCCUGUCCCCAAAGCCAGACUUGCCCCAGAGCUGCCAAGAACCAGACACUGUCCCCAUCAGAGCAACCAGGGCCACUGAGAACGCCAGGAGCAUCCACUCCCAGACCGUUGAGACGGCCCUGGUGCCCUGUGACGCAUGCGCCAGCGUUCAGGGCAGCCUGCGGGAGGUGGGCAAGGUGGUCAUGAGCCUGUGUCAGGCCCAGAACUUGCCCUCGUCCCUAGGCCCCUUCCAGCAGCUGGUGCAGGACAGCAUGGGGCUCAAGCCACUGCCAGCUGCCACCGUGGGCCACUGGGCAGCAGAGCAGAGCAAAGACCUGCUGCGUGUCAGUAAGCAUGUGGAGGCCCUCACUCAGCUCAUCGGGCCCCUCCGGGCCCAGCUGGAGGAGGCUGAGGGACAGAAGGCCGGACUGAAGAAGCAGGUGGGCGAGCUGGAGCAAGCCCUGCAGCAGGAGCAGGGAGAGCGGCGGCAGCAGGCAGAGGAGGCUGAGCAGCGCCUGGCUGAGCGGGAACAUGACAAGCAGCAACUGCUCACAGAAACGAGAGACCUAAAGAGAAAGGUGGCCGCCCUGGAGGAGCAGCUGAGGCAGCAGCAGGAGUCCAUAGAGGCUGUGGAGGCAAAGGCAAAGCAGCUGCAGGAGGAGGCGGAGCUCAGGGCGGCAGCUGAGAAGCAGGUGCAACAGCUGGAAGAGCAGGUGCAGCUGCUGGCCGGGCGGCUGGACGGGGCCAGCCAGCAGAUCCGCUGGGCCAGCACAGAGCUGGACAAGGAGAAGGCCCGGGUUGACAGCAUGGUCCGCCACCAGGAGUCCCUGCAGGUCAAACAGCGAGCCCUGCUACAGCAGCUGGACGGCCUGGACCAGGAGCGCGAGGAGCUACGAGGCCGCCUGGAUGAGGCUGAGGCCCAGCGGGCCCAUGUGGAGGAGCAGCUGCAGUGCCUGCAGAGCGAGAGGGAGCAAGGCCAGUGCCAGCUCCGGGCCCAGCAGGAGCUGCUGCAGAGCCUGCAGCGGGAGAAGCAAGGCCUGGAGCAGGCGACGACGGACCUGCAGCUGACCAUCUCAGAGCUGGAACGGGAGCUCCUGGAGCUGCGGGAGCGAGAGCGGCUGCUGGUGGCCUUCCCGGACCUCCACAGGCCCAGCAAGGCCCAGAUCCAAAGCUCCGGCAACAUCACAGAUGACAUGGAGAGGCAGGUAGAGGCCAAUGACAUCCGCAUCCGGGUCCUACAGGAGGAGAACGGGCGGCUUCGGGCCACGCUGGGCAAAAUCCACGAGGUGGCUCAGCAGGGGGGCCUCCAGCUGAUCCCCCAGGACCAGCUCUGGUGCCCUCCAACCACGGGAAGCCAGGGCACAGCACACACAGCUCGGGCCCAGAAGGCAUCCCCAGGGAUGUGGAGUCCCCAGCCUUGCCGAGUCCAGGCAUGUGGUGGGCCCCGGAGCUCCUGGCUUCCUCCAGACGGGAGAUGGGACAGCACACAGAGGGCAGAAAGAAGCUUCUGGCACUUGGGCAACAUGGAAGUCUUUCUCUCCCUAGUGCAAGGGCUACAGGGUAAAACAUGGACUCUUAACCAUCUCAAAGAAGAGAGGUUUCAGGGUGAGGGUGGCGAUGUGUGGGGAAUGGAAAGCAGUGCUGAGCUGGGCCCAGGAGGACACUGAGGCAGGAGGGGCAGCGAUGCCUUCCCCAGCCCAGGUGUGGACCUGGGGCCUCCUGCCCCAGAUGUGGAGACAUUAAGUACCAAAAAAAGAAAGUCAGUCCUUUCACAGAGGAACUUCUCACCUUUAGGAAAUGGUGAGAGUCAAAGGGUUUCUUGAAAUCCAGGUGGGCAGAUCCCCAGAAGGCCACUGAAGGCAGGACAGGCCUCAUCUAAUCAGUGAGGUGGCUUUCCCAGAGCUGUCCUUUUGAGGCCAGCCCAGUCCAGGAUACCACCUGUCAUGCCAAGCCCACAGAGAUUCAGUUUUCCUCCUGAAGCCUCCAGUCUGCCCUGAGUUACCUGGUCUGUGCAGGGCACACUCUGAGUCCUUGCCAAGAAGUUACUGGGGUGGGCGCACCCAGCCUCCUAUGAGAUUUCCCCCAGUGAGGUGGCCGUCAGGUACAGCUCCCAGUUUACAGGGAAGGGUCAAGAGGCUGUGUGUGCAGCUGAGUUGGCACAAGCCUGGGUCUGCCCUGCUCCUGUGGAGCCUGGGGGCUCCUGUGGGAGGCCAUGGUGCCCUGGCCCAGGCCAUCACAGGGCACAGCCAACUGCCAGAGCAGCUCCCUGGGGCAGCAGGCCCAUGCCAAAGUCCAGGUGAAGGAACUCUCUGAGGGCCUCUGCCUGCUCAGCAGGAACACGGGAUACAGGCUUCCCAGGUACUUCCCCAGAAGACAUGAAACUGCUUAGCAGUGUGUUAGGGUUUUGUUGUGUUAACUGAUCACAAACUCAGCAUGGCUGAGUUCUCUGCUGAAGGUCUCGGAAGGCUGAAAUCAAGUUAUCUGCCAGGUUGCGCUCCUCUCUAAGGGCUCUGGGGAAGAGUCCACUUCCAGUCUCCUUCCGGUUGUUGACAGAAUUCAGAUCCCUGUGAUGGUAGGACAGAGGGCUCCAUGUCCUUGCUGGCUGGCCAUCAGCCCAGGCCCACUCAGCUCCUAGAGGCUGCCCAGAUCCCUUGCCACGUGGCCCCCUCCAUCUUCAACAGAGACUUUCUCACAUGUCAAAAUCCCCUCAUGGUUCCACUCUUAGCUUUCUCUUCCAUCAGCCAGAGAAAGCUUUCUGCUUUUAAAGGGCUCCUCUGAUUAGACUGGGCCCACCUGGAUAGUCUCCCCAUCUUAAGAUCAGCUCCACCGUAUAAUAUAACUGAGUCCAGGAGUCAAACCCAUGAUCUUCACAGUUCCAGGCAUACUGGUUGUGCACACUGAGGCGGGUGGAUUUUGGGGCCACCUUAAAAUUCUUCCUACCACAGACAGUAGAGAGUAGAGCCCAAGGAGACUGGUUGUUUUAUCUAAAAAAAUCCACGCAAAGUUUACAUCUUAUGUCAAAAUAUAUACAUGUUUAUUUUAAUAUUAAACCUCCCCACCCCAAAUCUUCUCUAAAAAACCUGAUGCCCUGGAAGAUGCACCACAUUUAUCCUGUGGCUUCAAGUAUCACAGUCAAUGACACGUAGCCCCGACCCAGAAGCACAGGACUGGAUGGUCUCUAAGGCCUCUGGUCCCAGUCGGGCCUGGGGAGCCCAGCCGGGUGGGCAGGGCCCACAGACCAAGAGCAGCAGGCAGUGGUGGGGUCUCUGGGUUUAAUAUCAUAGCCUUGAUUGAGGUGUGUUCUGAAAGAUGGUCAGGCCUGGGUGCCCUGAAAGCCACACUGCUCCUCCCCCUACCCCCCACCUCCCAAUAAAUAAACAGAAAACAGAGCACUGCAGCUGCAGUCUCCAGGGAUGCUCUGACAGCAGACCAGAGGAAGCCCCCAGAGCCCUGGGAAUGGCUAUACCAUCCCCACACCCUCUUUCCCAGGCCCCUGCCUGGGGUUCUGGGGAGCCGCCUGUGAGGACAACAGACACAGAAGCCCCAGGACUGCAGAGCAGACCCCAAAGCGGCCCCUCUCCCUUGACUGGCGGGUCUGGCCUUACAUCCUUGCCCUCAGGGCUGCCGACCUGACCUUCCCAAGGUGGAGGCCCCUUAUCCUUCCCAUCCGCAGAAGUUUCCAUCCUGUUUAUCCCGCUGUCCUGUUCCAGGAACCCAGGCCAGGGGCAGAGUGCAGCGGAGGGUCCACCUCCACGUGCAGAGGCCCCCACCGGGCAGCUAAUCAUCUGAGUAGCGGUUCCCUGCAGGGAGGAGAAAAAGAGCCGGGAGAGGCGUCAGGCAGGGGCUAGGAAGACUCAGCCAAGGGCCCCCCCAGCCCUGGUGCUCACCCAGGACGUUGAAUUUGCACAGCGGGCAGGUCUGCUGGAGCAUCAGCCAGGGGUCCACACAGUCUCGGUGAAACUCGUGCUUACAGGGCAGCACCCGGAGCCACUACGGGCAGGAGGGUGCGUUCAGGCCACACAGAACAGGACUCCCAAACCAGGGCCUGACCUCCCCAACCCCGUUUCUGUUCCCUUAGCCCUGGUGCCUGGGAAGGGGGCGCUGGGAGAGGAGGCCCUAGUUGGGGUGGUUCAGGUGGUCUCUCAGGAGAGGGGCAAGUAGGGACACCCUGGGUCAGCCAUGGCUGGCCUCUGCCCAGGGGGCCAACCUGCUUGUUGCAGAAGUGGUCCAGGCACACGGCGCAGGUUUCAGGGCUGGGCUCCGGGGGCCCCUGCGCUGCUCUGCCCAGUCGGCACCGCCGGGUCUUGAGUGAUGCCAGUCUCUGCACCACACGGCGCCUGAACAGGUCCACCUGUGGGGAAGGGGCAGCCAGGUCUUGCAGGCUACAGGGCUGGGGGGCUGGAGGGCGGGGAGGCUGGGGCUCCCACCUGGGCUCCAGGCUCCUGUGGGCUCUGCCGUGACGCCUGCCGCUGGGCCCGGACCACAAGGCCUGUGCACAGGAGCAUGGCCACCAGCAGGAUGGCAUUCCACAGCUGCUGCAGGGGCUUCUGGGGAGGGGAUUGGGGGUCAGGGUGACAUCAUCAGCGACGUCGAACUUCAGGAGCACCAGGGGACCCAGGAGGCGAGGUGGGCAAGGAUCACUGGUCCCUGCUUGCUCCUGGCCUCCACUUCUGCCUUCUCUCCAACCUACACUGUCCCCAGCUCAGGCAUCUCUCCUGAGCAACAAACUCGCCUCCAAGAGUUUUCAUACCCAGGGAAGCCUCAAUCGGACAGCCCCAGACUCCCCGACCCAGGACCCCCUCGCCCUCCCACCCCCACCUUGCAUUUCUUCCUGGUCUGCUUUCUCAGGAACCCCAUCACCUUCCUACUUCCACCCCUUCCUCUUGGAGCAAGCAUUGUAUUGCUCCUCUCUCCCAGAUCUCUCAUGCCCCUCAUUUUCUCCAUCCCACGACCCCUCCCCUGCUCUUCUGGCCCCCUGCCCCCAGUCUCGCUUGUCUGGAGGGAUCUCAACAGCAAGCUCGACUGCAGCUUCCCUGCUGGACACCCUUCCCUGCAUCCCUCCCCCCAGCCCCUCCAUCCUGCCCGCAAAGCCCUUGUGAUCAGGCCAGCUCAUUUCUCCCUCUGCCUCCCUCUUCUGAGCGUCCCGUGCUCCCUGCCCACUCUCAUGUCUGUGCCUUUCCACACACUGUUCCCUGCCUCGGGGGCUCUCUCCUCCCUUACUCUCUCUCUUGCCUAGUGCCUUCGGACACUCCUUGCUCCAGGAAGCUCUCCCUGACCACUGUGGGCUGGGUGAGUGCUAUCCCCACCUUGCUUUUUCACACCUAGUUGUGUCUUUCCCUGCUGCUGCCCCUCAGCGGGUCUGUGAGCUCCUGUUGGCAAGAACCACGUCUGCUGUGGUCAACCCUGUGGCCCUGGUACCCCAGGUAGAUUAGAGACUCAGGUCUCUGCAGAAAAAAUGAGUUUGGAAAGGAAUGAUGGAUAUUUAAAACCUAAGGGACCUGGUCCACUGGGGCUUCAGGGUUAUUGGGGGAUCCUCCUGACCCUGGUUGAGCUCCCACUGUGCGCAGUGUGGCUGCUGGGUUUUGGCUAUUAAGCAGCUAGCUCAGAAAUGACGUGGCAGAGUUAGCAAAGAGCCACCUGUGGAUACAGAAGUGCGACGCCCAUGCAAGCACACUCUUUCUCGGGGUCUGUACGUGCAGCUGUGACUAAUAAACGUUUUCACUUAAAAGCUUUUUGCAGCUCUCAAAUCUGCCAUCACGUUUUUCCCUCUCAGCCAAUACCACAGUUCAAAUGCCACCAUGUGGGGGCAGAGGGGACUGUCAACUGAUUUGAUGGUAAAACUGGCCCCCACUCUGGAUGAGUCCAGGUGCUGCUAAUGUCACAAGAUGUUGCUCUUGCUCACAGCAGAGAUACUCGGGGGCCGUGACCAACUCCCCGCUUUGUCCCCAUCUGCCUUCCAGUUCCAGUGGGGUGGUGGCACCCACUCUAGGAAGUGCUCC